AUGACCCUCUGGAAAGUGACCGGUCAUCCUGCUGCUGUCUGCCAUUGGCUUGAACUGGACUGUAUGAUGCAGCGAUCAUGGGGUUUGUUCUGGUUUUGCCACUGUAAUGACUACGACAUAGGUAUAGACAUAACAGUCGGAGUCCUGUUCUUCGGAGCACCGGAGGGUCAACCCAGUGCGGAGAUGCCAGCAGUAGAGGUCCUCUCGGGCUGCGCGGGCUUGGACCAUCUCCAGAUAGCCCAUUCAUUAAGUCUGUUCGAGAUCACCUCAUUGGAGGACGUGCCUAAAUGGUACGGGACCACUGGACCACUCAGUUUUGACUUCCCGUCCGAAGAAGACCUGAAGAGGACCAGGAUGCUGAUGGAGGACCUAAAAUCCCUCGACAUCUUCCAAUCGCACCUGGAGGUCGAACAUCGCGAAAGAGUGGUGCGAAAUAUGGAGUCGCUAUUCAAACAAUGGCUGACUGAGACCUGCUUGGCGAUGAAUGUUCCAGAGUACGUCACGGAAAAGGUUGGCGGCCGAGUAGUCCCAUUUGGAUCCUACGCGUUGGGCGUCAACACAAAGGGGGCAGACAUUGACCUCCUCUGUGUGGGACCAGGCUUUGUCCAGAGAUCCGAUUUCUUUUCUUCCUUUGUGGAGAAACUGAAGACCCACAACGCGAUCCAGAUCAUCCAAGUUAUUGAGGAUGCGUUUGUCCCAGUUAUAAAGCUCACCUAUGAUGGAAUAGACAUUGACGUGGUGUAUGCUAAAAUUAACCGAAAAAGCAUUAGCGACAAACUGGAUCUGCUUAAUAUCGAUCAUCUGCAAGGAAUGGACAUCUGUUGUAUGAGGAGUUUACAGGGCUACCGAGUUACACAGGAGAUUGCUAGCUUGGUGCCAAACAUCUUCACUUUCAGAAUAGUGCUAGCCACCAUAAAACACUGGGCAAAAUCUCGGAACAUCUAUUCUAAUAAGAUGGGCUUUCUGGGUGGGGUUGCUUGGGGUAUCUUAGUUGCCAGAGUAUGCCAGCUGUACCCUUACGCGACCGCUGCAAUUUUGGUGGAUAAGUUUUUUAAGAUCUUCUCCAUGUGGCAGUGGAAUUUCCCCAUCUUACUGAAGAACCCUGAGGAGCACAACUUGAAAUUUCCGGUGUGGAAUCCCACAGUGAACGUGAGCGAUCGGUUUCACCACAUGCCGAUUAUCACGCCAUCUUACCCGCACCAAAACUCCGCCUUCAAUGUGUCUUCUUCCUCACUGAAGAUCAUUGUGGAGGAGCUCAAACGUGGACACACUAUAAUGGAGGAGAUGAGUGACAGCAAACCGACCUGGAAAAAACUCUUUGAACCUGCGAUAUUUUUGCAGGAUUACAAACAUUUUAUUGUGCUGCGUUCUAAUGCGACUACGCAGAACCAUCAUCAAGUAUGGGCUGGUUUUGUUGAGUCUAAAAUUCGACACCUCGUUGGAAUCCUAGACAAGAAUUCCGCUAUCUCUGUGGCUUGCCCAAAUCUAGAGUCCUUCUCUGGAAAAGAUGGUUUGAACACAACAUGGCUGGUUGGAGUGAAAUUCAACUCUACAGUCAAGAAUGUGAACUUAAGCCAUGAUGUAGCGAGCUUUAUCCAAAAUGUGUACACUCAAGCUGGUAAGUUAUGGGCCGAAGGGAUGGAACUAUCAGCAGCUUACGCCAACCAAGACACAGUAAAAUUUGCACUGCCAGCUGAGGAGAUCCAUGAACCUGUGCAACCCUGCGUUAAAAUAACAACUGAAUUGUCUGCUGAAAGGAGGGAAGAUACUUCGGAUGAAAGAGAGGGUCAGAGCACCACCAAGCGUCCCCACACUCCGGAGUCCGAUCCUGCGGCCAAGAGAGUCAAACAGGAGUCUUCUCCAGUUAAACAAACCAUACCAGUCGUCACCAAAACCAAAAGGAUUAAAAGGCCGAGGUUCAACAGGAGGACCUAA